AUGGGUAGUGAUUCUCCCGUAUCUUCACCUCUUUCGAGAGAAUUGUCGCCGUUGUCCAGAACUUUAACGGAAAGCACUGGAAAAUCCUCACCCGGUUCAGACCCCAAAGACAAGAAAGAUUUCAAAAACAAGAGUAAAAGGUCCAAGAGUGUUUCGCAUUUGGCGGACCGCAAUAGAAUCUUAAACAGUAAAAUGACCCCAUUGAAUGCAGAAAGAGCGCCGGUGGCUUUACAUGAUACAACGGAUUCUGGUGAUGACGAUUCAGAUACGGGCAGUGCUGCUGAAAAGGUGUUUAGACGACUCUCUGUGGGUUCGAACGAUAUGAGACGGGCUACCUCGCAUGCGCAACUAUCGUCAACCGCACAUGGCAUGCGUUUGCUAUCCAAAGACAUACAAAAGUCCAUGGUCACAUUGGAGGUCAAAAGGCUGAUGAUCGUUACUAAGAAGCAAGAUAGUUCCCUUGUGUAUCUCACCAGGGAAAUGGUUGAGUGGAUUUUGGUCAAUUACCCAGGUAUUGAAAUUUACGUCGACGAAUCCGUGGAGAAGUCCGGCAAGUUUGAUACCCCGGGUAUAAUCAGAGACAGCAGAUGUGCAUCACAUAGGAUCAAGUGUUGGACUCCUGAGUUGGUGGCGAAAAAAGACAAUUUUUUCGACCUUAUUGUUACGUUGGGUGGUGACGGUACUGUGCUUUACGUCUCAUCGCUUUUCCAACGAAGUAUACCACCAGUAAUGUCGUUCUCCCUCGGGUCCCUGGGUUUCUUGACCAAUUUCAACUACGAAAACUUCAGACAGUCGCUGCCCCGCGUUUUGAACUCCAAGAUCAGAAGCAAGAUGAGGAUGCGGUUGUCGUGCCGGGUGUUCCGCAGACGCAAGCCACACAAAGACGGUACGCGUUCAAGGAAGAAAUUCAGCAUGAUUGGAGAAUACCACGUACUCAACGAAUUGACCAUUGACCGCGGUCCUAGCGCUUUUAUCUCCAUGCUGGAGGUUUUUGGCGAUAACUCGCUUCUGACGGUCGCUCAAGCGGACGGUUUGAUUAUAGCCACGCCUACCGGUUCCACUGCGUACUCUUUGAGCGCUGGUGGUUCUCUAGUCUAUCCAAGCGUUAACGCUAUCGCUGUCACUCCGAUUUGUCCACACACCCUAAGUUUCCGUCCCAUAAUUUUGCCUGACAGUAUGAAGCUCAAAGUUAAAGUGCCAUUGAAUUCAAGAUCUACCGCAUGGGCUGCUUUUGACGGUAAAAAUCGGGUCGAAUUGUUUAAAGGUGACUACAUCUGCAUCACUGCGAGUCCACACUCAUUUCCUACGCUCGAGUCUAGUCCUACGGAAUUUAUCGACAGCAUCAGCAGAACCCUGAACUGGAACGCCCGCGAGCAACAGAAGAGCUUCGCUCACAUGCUUUCUCAGAAGAAUCAAAAGAACUACGUCACCGAUACAGAAAACCAGAAAAGAGACGCUCCAGAAGUGCGUGCUCCUUCGGACGACGAAGAGGAAGAAGAAGAAGACGAGGAUUCUACGGACGUUGAAAACAUUCAAUUCCGACCUAAAGCGGUAGACGCCACGAAAGCACCCAAACUGAAGCCCAACUUCCAAUUGUAG